AACUAGGGGUUUCGAUAGGUUUCGAUUUCGAUGGUUUCGGUAACAUUAAAACGAGACUGGAGCGUGAAUAUAAAUAUGGCAGACACUGGUGGAAAGACUCUUGGAAAUGAGAAUGGAGGGUUGCUUGCCAUUGGCGUUUUGACCGUGAGUGAUAGCUGCUAUGCCGGAAAAAAUGAAGACAAGAGUGGACCAUGUCUAGUUACAUUAGUUAAAAAGGAAAUCAUUAGAGGCCAGCCUUCUAAGCUAUUGCACCAGGUAGCUCCAGAUGAAAAGGAUCACAUCAAGGAGCAAUUAUUACAAUGGUCAGAUGUGGACAACUGUCAGCUGAUAUUAACAACUGGAGGAACUGGUUUCGGUCUACGAGAUGUCACUCCAGAGGCCACAAAAGAAGUUAUCACAAAAGAUGCAAAUGGUCUCACACAUGUUAUGACAUCUGGGUCUUUGGCCGUCACAAAGUUUGCGAUGCUUUCCAGGGCAGUUUGUGGAAUAAGAAACAGAACGCUGAUUGUAAAUCUUCCUGGAAGCCCCAAAGCUGCACAGGAAUGUUUCGGAUUUAUUCUUCCAGCGCUACCACAUGCAUUGGAUUUGCUAGGGGAUAACUUGCAACUGGUAAAGAGAAUUCACGAAGGAAUGCAAGGGACUGCUUUAGUGAAGGGUUCACAGCCAACAUCAGCAGCAUCAACUGUAGGAACACAUAUUUGCGCCCAUAAAGCUGAUGAUGGUACCUCGAAAGAAAUUGAGGCCAAAAAGCUUCGUUAUUACGAACACAUAGCUGAAAGAGACAGAAAAUCACCAUACCCAAUGAUGUCCAUGAAUGAAGCCAUCCCUCUUGUUCUCAAGCAUUCUCACGUUUUAGGUGUAUUGGAUAAAAUCUCAGUUUCAGACGCUCUUGGAAUGACAUUAGCUGAAGAUGUCGUUGCUCCAGAACCCCACCCACCUUUUCCUGCUUCCAUCAAAGAUGGAUACGCUGUGAUAGCUGCUGAUGGAAUUGGAGAUAGAAUGGUAAAAGAUUAUGUUACUGCUGGAAAUAUGGUUUCCAAGUCUUUGGAGCCAGGAUACUGUAUCAGAAUAACAACAGGAGCACCAGUGCCACAGGGUGCAGAUGCAGUUGUCCAGGUUGAGGAUACUGAAUUGAUUGAAAGUGCAGAUAUGGGCCGGAAAGAAGUUAAGAUUCGUGUUCUGCAGUCAGUGAAAGUUGGUCAGGAUAUCAGGUCAGUGGGUUUCGAUAUUCCACGUGGAGGGAGAAUUCUUUCGCAAGGGGAUGUUUUGGGUCCAGCAGAGCUUGGGUUGCUGUCUACUGCAGGUGUUACCAAGGUGAACGUGUAUAGAAAACCUGUUGUUUCAGUUCUGUCAACUGGAAAUGAGAUCGUAAAUCCAGGUCAGGCAAGGAAACCUGGUCAAAUCUAUGAUACAAACAAAACAACUCUUUUGGCUGCCAUCAAGUCGGAGGGAUUUGUUGGAAAGGAUGCUGGUAUAGCUACAGACAGACCAAAUGAUUUGUACACAAAAUUGCGUGAAGCGGCAAAAUCGUCUGACAUCGUAAUCACAACUGGAGGAGUAUCAAUGGGAGAGCUGGAUAUUCUGAAGCCAGUUUUAGAAGAAAGCCUCGGAGCGACAAUUCAUUUUGGGAGAGUGAAUAUGAAACCAGGCAAGCCAACAACAUUCGCAAGUGGAAAAAUUGGAGGUGUUCACAAGCUAUUUUUCGCACUUCCAGGGAAUCCUGUUUCUGCGUUGGUCACUUUUUACUUAUUUGUUCUACCGGCCUUGAAGAAAAUGUCCGGAUUUCCGGAUCCGAAUUUGCGGAAAAUCAAGGCCAAGUUGGGUUUCAGUGUAAACCUCGAUCCGAGACCGGAAUAUCACCGAGCCAUGUUACAGUGGCAUGGAAACGAGAAUCUGCCAGUGGCUCAUUCUACAGGUAGUCAGUGCAGCAGCCGGCUGCUAAGCAUGCGAUCAGCGAAUGCGUUGCUUGUUCUUCCGGCAAGAUCAGACCAUUUGACGUCCAUGGAGCAAGGAUUCAUUGUUGAGGCUCUACUUAUAGGCAAUUUGUGAUAAAGAUCCAGUACAUGAAUUGUUAUUCUGGUACAUAAUAUGUAGACUCAGUUAACUAUCUUUAUUUGUUGAAGAUUGUGAAGUAA